ACGAGAAGUUGUUUCUUCCGGCGCUUCAUUGCCACAGAGCGGCGAUGCACGCCCGGUCAUCUUCCCGAUGGACCUGGAAGGACAGGAACAGAAAUUGGUGCCGGAAACUAGACGUCAGAAUGACGCACUCGAGGAAAUGGAGGAACAUGAUAUUGAAGACCCGGAGAAGCAGAGUGGCUCUGGUGCUCGCGGUGAAAUGAAUCGCGAGGGUCGUGGCACAGAGGAUGGCGAAAAUGUUGAAGCAGGAGAG